AUGGUUCAGGUGGUAUCUACUCCAUAUCCUGGAGGAAACCUAUACCUUUAUCAGGAAUCCAGUGACCCUUCUUCAGCUCUGCCGGUUGAGGCCAAGUCCUCUGCUCAUCAUUAUAAAGGAGAACGAAGCUCAGAUCCCGCCGUGUGCCCUCAGCCAAUCACAACCUCGCCUCCUCUUCUCACAGCUGAUUGGCUGCUGCUAUGUAUGAAAUGUGCGGCGGGAGAUGAUCAGCUGUCAGUGAACGGAGCGCAGGAAAAGCCAGACUGGACAGAGAUGGGCUUGCAGGGGGAGACAAAGAUGUUUGAAAUCAACAGUCUGGAUACGUUAUCAGCCGGCUCUCCUUUAGAUGAUGCCUAUGUGGCUUUCUCCUUUGGUGCUCCCAAGGGUACAGGACUCUCCUCCUUGCGUUAUAAAACUGAGCUGUGCACCAGAUAUGCAGAAAAUGGCUUCUGCGCUUACCGAAAUCGCUGCCAAUUUGCUCAUGGUCUAAGUGACCUCCGCCCACCAUUCCAGCAUCCAAAAUACAAGACUGAACUGUGCCGUUCAUUCCACCUCCUUGGAGUCUGCAGCUACGGCCCACGCUGCCUGUUUAUACAUGGCCACAGUGAAAGGAGGGAAGUGCCAGAAACCAUUCGCCUUAGACAACGGCGUCCAUCUCCCUUUCACAGCAAGAAGCAAUGUCGCCUUUGGCAUUCACCUGCAGGCUGUCCUUAUGGGUCCACUUGCCUCUUUCAGCAUCCACGGGCACUUUGGGAUGUUUGUCGGCACUAUGCUGCGCUGGGUGUCUGUCCUUAUGGUAUUCACUGUCUCUUUAAGCACAAGCCACCUCCAGACCGCUGGGGAGCGGGAAGCAAUGCUGGAAGUGGAUCCCUUUCACCAUCAGAACCAGACAGUGAUGUUUGCAACGAUCUUCUCACUGACUCCACUGCUAACAAUGCUUUUAAUUUUUCUACCCUUCUUUUACCACUUGCCCUGCGCCUACAGAUCCUGGGAGAAGACAACAAAUCUGUACUGCAUGAUCAGAUUGUGGCAGAGGAUGAGAACACUCAGGAGCUGCAUGCUCUACUUGACUGCUAA